CUAUUCACAGUCUCCGGUCCUCCCACAGUCUUGCCGUUGCUACUGAAGUUACCAUUAGCAACUGGGCAGCGCCCGGCUCUACACCUACCGCUCCGCUGAUGUCGUCCUGCCAAAUACAGUUUUACGGACAGCAGCUCGAGCUUUGACAGACAAGUGGACUGUUUGCUGUUGAGAUGCCGGUGAGGCAGGCCAUGGUUCACACGUAAGUUUGCAGUGAGCGGCGUUGUCAUGCUGCCAGGAGUCGGUGUGUUUGGCACUGGGAGCACAGCACGAGUGCUGGUCCCUUUGUUGAAAGCUGAAGGCUUUGAGGUUCAUGCACUUUGGGGGCGAAGCGAGGAGGAAGCGUGCUGCUUGGCAAAGGAACUUGGCAUCCCGUUUCACACCAGCCAAUCAGAUGACGUCCUGCUGCACCAAGACGUUGAUUUGGUUUGCAUUUAUAUUCCACCCUCAAUGACGAGGCAGAUUGCAGUCAAGGCACUGGGCAUAGGUAAGAAUGUUGUGUGUGAGAAAGCUGCAACUGCUGUGGAUUCAUUCAAGAUGGUGACUGCAGCCAGAUACUACCCACAGCUGCUCAGCGUUAUGGGUAAUACCCUGCGCUUCCUGCCAGCUUUUGUUGCAAUGCGGCAGCUGCUGGUGGAGGGAUAUGUGGGUGAACUGCAGGUGUGUGAUGUCCGGGUGUAUGGCCCGAGCCUCCUGGACCAGUCAUAUGGCUGGACCUGCGAGGAGCUGAUGGGAGGAGGCGGUCUGCACACCGUCGGCUCUGCUAUAAUUGACCUUUUGAGUUACCUGACAGGCGCUCGAGCCCACCGGGUGCACGGUUUACUGAGGACCUUUGUGCAACAAAACGGUUUGAUUCGUGGCAUCCGCCGUGUCACCAGCGAUGACUUUUGUUUCUUCCAGAUGUUGAUGGGUGGGACCGGCUCUGGCAGCGUGUGUUGCACUGUGACCCUGAACUUCAACAUGCCGGGGUCAUUUGUGCACGAGGUUAUGGUAGUUGGAUCCACUGGGAGGUUGGUCGCCAGGGGGACAGAACUGUACGGUCAGCGCAAUGGGAGUAAAGGUGAGGAGCUGUUGCUAGACGACAGUGGGUGGGUGGGACCAGAGGUGAAAGAGAUGCCCCUGCCUCACCUGCGGGGGCUGAGCUCCAUGGUGAAGGCACUGAGACAGUCUUUUCAGGCUCACGAGGAGCGCCGGUCAUGGGCGCGAGGACCGGUUGCGAUGGCGCCAACAUUUGAGGAUGGUCUUUAUGUGCAGACGGUGGUAGAAGCGGUGAAGCGGUCCAGCUGUAGUGGAGAAUGGGAGUGUGUUGAGAUCAUGAGUCAGGAGCCAGAUCCAAACCACAACCUGUGUGAGGCUCUUCAGAGAAACAAAAACUAAUUUAUUCACUCAGCGUACCCACUACAUGUCUGACAGAACGAGGCUCUGAAUGUUUCUCCUCUAAGUCAGCUGCUUCAGCAGUUUGCAUCAAACACAACUACUUUACAUGUUCACAUCCUGUCACAGUUUGAACAGAAUGUUUUGUUUUCAGAGAACAUAGCUACUUUGCUUGUAACCAUCACAGCUGUGACUUGUUUUACACUAAAUUUUCAGCUCCAUCAUUCUGAUUCUUCCCAGAAAAUAUUAGAAUACUUGUAAAUGUAGUGCGUGUCAGAAUCUACCUGCACCCCACUGACUGACACAGGUGCCAAAAAGUAAAUGCUAUCAUCAUCCUCUUGCUUGAAGUCGUGAUUGCAGAUUUCCUGCUGAAUAAGGUCGAUAUACAUCACCUGUCAGUAACACACCACGCCUACUUCAAAUAUCGGAAAGAAGCAAAAUUAGCUGAAAACACAGGUGAUGCUGGACUACAGCCUAUUUUCAUUUUGAACUUCUUUUAAUAGAAAUAUGUACAUUAUCUUUCUAAAUGGCCAAGAACACACCUUUUUUUCUGAAGCUACUUGAAAGUAUCAGAUCAGUGCCCGGGUUAUGUCUGCAAUAAAACAAAUUGCUGAUUGAAUGUUAGCACUGUCAAUCCAGCAUUUGGUCCCAAUGGUUAAUUUUGGAUUGUGACCAGUUUCUGAGGCUUUUGUGCCACAGCAACACAACAGUUGGUUCCAGGACAAUUUGUUUUUAGCUGUUAAUAACUGAAAGAUAAAGUCUGAGACAAUAUGCAAAUCUCUGUUGCACAGAAAGUGUAGGUGUUAAUUUGUUUAAAUGAAAAUAUAUUGUUGUUAAUGGACACCAGUACCAUCUUGUGUAACGAACAAGAGUGUUUUCUGCUGGCAUUAAUGUGAAUAUCAAAGCAUGAGGAUGAUUUGACUAACGAAAUACUUGUCAUGACUGGUAGAGCUCAAAUGAUUCCCUACUAGAGCUCCACCAAUUCAGAAUGAGAAUAAUGGAGCUGUGUACAGUUUACUUUGUAUUUAAUUUUGGACUGUGUAAUAAUAAGCCUAAAUUUAGAUAGUUUAAAAGAUUGUAAGAGAGGCUUGUAGGUUUUUAUGUUACAGCAUGCUGUGACAUAGUUAAGAUACCAGGGAUUGACUAAAAUAAGCUAUGUAGAAACUAGAAAAAUAAAAGUCUAAUUUGUAGCAUCACCCCUCAAAAUGCCCAGUUCUUUAUUUUAGACAUAUCUGUUGAGUAUCACUCUGCUGUAAGCUAGAAAAGAGGCUGUUAAAAGAUUGUAGUUUCCUGCUUCACAGACACAGCAGCUACAACUUGUCUUCUGCAAUGGGGGUAAAAGUAUCUAAACCCCUCAAACUACUGCAUCUUCCAAGUGAUAUGUAGUUUCAUCCAAAUCUACUACUUCCAAAUAAAUGCACUCGUUUAAGAAGUCAUCAGUGCAAAUAAGGUGUCAUGUCUUGGUAAUGUUAUAGGUAAAUAAGUGUGUUCUAGAGGUGUUUGGUUUCAGUUUUCUACUGGACAUCUAAGGAUGGAGGUGACUAUCUUUUAACAGCCACAUGCCAGGCUUACACAGAGUGAACAUCUGAUACUACAAAGGAGAGAUUUUAGGUAAACAGCAGAAACAGACUCGUCUAAGAAAUUACAGAUUAAUACCCUUUUUAUUGAUGAACUGACAGACUUUUAAAUAGAAAACCUGAGGGUGUUUGACAACGGUUUAACAUGCAUGUAAAAGGUUUGUUUACAUUUGUUAAGCAGUGAAGUAAUUUUAUGUUUUUACAAGAUUUGUGUCUAAAAAUUUUAUUACAGAUGUGUUUAGUCCAAACCUGGAGCCAGCAUCCACCAUUUAACACCUUUAACUCUGAAACUGUACUGAUCUUUUCAUGAGUAAAACCACUGGAUUUGAUGUGCGUGAGAGUAUAAAUGGGCCUCUCUGAGCUCAGACCAAGAGAAGGGACGGUUUACAGUUACUGCAUCUCACUUCUGCUGAAGGAAUAUCGGUCUUCACUGUUCGCACCGCUGAGACAGGAUGUAUUGAUUGGUCUGACCGCUUCUUAGACCCGCGAAGCAUCUGCGGAUGUGGAAACAAACACAGUACACGCUUACCUCACGCUAUCCCAAUAGUGCUUUGCAAAAACAACUAACGGACUUUAAGUGUCUUUAUAAAACGCAUCACGUUCGCCUGCAGGACCCAUCGCUAUUAAAAUACAUUCCCACCGAGUCUUCACCUUCUCGUCAACAGUUGUGUAUUGUUUUUGUUUUUUCUUUGCACUGAAACUAAUUAGAUGCCACAUAUUUAAAAUGCAGUGUAACGCUUGUAACAGCCAGCUCGCUGCAAAGAUGAAUUUAACAUGUAUGAGGAAGACUAUUUAUUUAUGAGUUGGUGUGCAGAAAGUUUGCCAUCCUUUGUUCUGUCCAGUGUUUGUGUUUUCAGCCUGUGAAUUUCUGUAUAAAACUGUAAUAUUUAUCUUUUUGUUGGUUUCUUUAUUUUGUUUUUGGUUUUUUUUUAGAUUUAGAGUCGUUUUAACUGAUAAUACGGCUUUUUGGGCACUAAUGUGUUGCUUUAAAGUUGGGAAACUGUGCUGUUCAUCUACCUGACAGAUAAUUCCUUUAAUAAAUAAGCUGUAUUCAUUUAG